AUGGGAAACGCUAAGGGAUCCGCCAAGCGAGCACAUUUUGGGGAGGAGGGUAAAGUUCUAGUCCGGCCCUGUUCCCGGUCGUGCGUAUAUGCUUCGUACUUGGCACACUUUAGUGGACAGAAAAAGCCUAAAGCAACGUGGUUGGCAGGCCCAUUUUGA